AUUUGCCUGAAUGAAAAUACGACGCAAACAAGAAAGUAAGGAAGCAAUAGACAGUCAAAAGCAGAGAUUGUCACCAAUGUGUAAAAACAGUAGGAAAAAAGUCACAUCAUUACACAAGGGUCCGAUUCAUGCGUAGGUGUAAGUAAGAUCACACCCGGUAUGAAAAAGUGGUUGCUUUCUAAUCCGUAAAUCCAACAUGAUCAGGGAACAAUGUUCACAAAGAUUGAGAUUACAAUGUCAACAAAAAGAAAUCCCGGUUAGUAAAAAGUUGUUUUGGAGGUGGUGGUUGCACUGGUUGACAAGCUUGAUUGGAGAUGGCGCCUCGGAGGCUUUAAUUACGAUUGCUCCGACAAAGACAGGUUUCAACAAGUCUCAUCAUGAUUUCAUCCUCUGAGGAAAAAUCUGACAAUCAUACACAUAAUUUCAUGUCGUCAAUCAUUCAUUUGAAAUUUUUGCUCAGUAAACACCUCUCGCUCUCUCGCUCCCGUAAAAAUAUUCAGAAAAGUUUUAAAAAUUGUUUUUAAUUGUUCUGCGAGUUAUCAUAAAUAAAUUGAGGGAUGCAAGGUCAGAAUAUGCGACCUUAUCGUGAUUCGGCCGGCUGGAUCAACAUGCCCUCAUUGGGUCCACCACCAUCCGCUGCUGGACCGGCAGAAGGUAAUUCUGGGCCUCCACGUCGUCGUGAAUAUACAUUUGACGUGCCAGACGUCAACCUAUAUGAACCCUUAAUUGGUAUUCCACCGGGCUCCCCAGUAAUUGAUGUUUGGGAUGGUCCGGUUGCUGCACUUUGGCAAGGAGGACGAGGGCAAGAAGCAGAUGAGCACAACCUUGUCCAAAGUGCUGGACCCUCAGAGGGGGAUUCUCUCCCCGCUGGUCGUCCCAAGAAGAGGAAAUCAAGGAGGGAGUCGUGGGAGGAUGAACGAUGGCAGAAUGUCGCUGGGAUUCCACCACCUGCGCCAGCGACAGUAACCCCAAGACGAGUGCCUCCGUCUGCAGCGGCAGGAAGACGUGAUGGUGGGCCAGAGAGACUUGUCUUUCGUGAUGAAGAUGUUGGACCUUUGGAGGGAGUAUCGACACGUCACCUCACAAGAACGCCACUUGCACCUUUGUCGCGACAAGGACCAUCUGCUGCUGCUGGUCGACGGGGAGGAAUGGAGAGACUUGAAUUCAGUAAUGACGAUGACAACAACUUUCUCUCAAGCAGCUAUGGACCCUCAGUGGGAAGAUCUGCCGGUGAUGAAAAUCCACCACUCCCAAGAAAAAGACGCCGUAUUAUCGCCGGAGGGCAGGAAAACCAAAGGGAAGUUGCAAGAUCUUUACCACAUUCUACGACUACACGGUAAUUAAUUGAUAGUUUGACUUUAUUGCCAUCAGCGUAAUAUCGUCGGACCAAUCCAACCUGUACCAGUUGUUCGGCGACGGCGAGAGGGAGAGGGACCCUCAGCUGCUGCUGGACGACGACGAGGAGGGCGUUUUGAGGAUGUCGAAAUCGUAGGAUCCUCAGAGGAAGAUAAUGAUACGUCAUCGUCAGAUGAUGAUUGUCCUUCUGAUAUUGGAUGGCCGUCUGGAUCCUCAGAGGAAGAAAUGGACAUUGAUUACGAUGAUGAAGAAUUUAUGUUUGCAAGACCAACAAGACGUAGAUCAUGGAAGAGAAGGACUCAUCCUAAUAUCAUUGUGUCACGAGGUCACAUCAGAUACUACACCGACAAUCAGGAGCAACAAGUCGCCAGAGAAGCUCUUAUGGACUUUCUUCGCUCGAUGGUUGAAGAUCGACCAAUGUUGUUCCAACUGCUGGCAAAAUCAGGGACUAAAUUUGAUCAGAACAUACCUUCUAGACGGAUAAGUUUUGCCCGUUAUGGAAAAGGAUAUUGCAUCCCCCAUAGCAGUGGCCGAGGAAAUAGAUACUUGUUAUCCUUUAUCCCAAACGAAUGGAAGAACCACACAUCCGAUCGAGCUAAAUCUUUCAAUCGCCAGCCACGUCAAAGGAAACAAUCCAGAAAAUGGGACGCACAACGUCGUCGAACAAGCAAAAAAAUCCACACUAUCUAUAUUGCAUCAGUUGUCCAAUAUGUCCAUCCUAUGGUCCACAACAUCGACACCUUCCUGGACCCUACAAUUCCUCAACAAAUCUAUAUCGGUCAGCACGGUGAAAUUGCUGGUGUAUUGAGGAUGCGCCAAUAUAACCUAUCUGGCAAACGUCAAAAAAUCCAUAAAAUUGCGAGGUCGAAGAAGUCCAAAAUUUUCCAAGUCAAGGUCCUCCGAAUGAAGAGUCACUUUGAUCGUGAGCAAGGCGAGGCUUUCUUGAUGGCAUAUGCCAGAAGGUGGAACAAAUUACACCCGAAGGGGGCCAGAUUCAUCAUCACGAGGACAGCUGGACUCGACCCUGGCAAUAACAAAGAACUGUCGAAAAAGGCCCAUCAGUUGGCAAAAGAUGGUACCUGGAUUUUCAAACGUUCGAAUCGUCAACAUCUUCGUAGUGUACCAGCUGCUGGACUUUCCUUUAGACAAUUAAUUGACUUGCCAAUCCAUCUGAUGGAAGAUGACAUCAUCCGAAGAUAUUUAACAGAGGAAGGGAGAAA